GUCAAAUUUUAGUUGUAAUUUUCUAUUUCUAAAAAAGAUUUUUUAGUUUGUUCUUUCAUGGUGUGACAUGAUAUCAUACGUUUAUGGAAAUCUUCAGUCUCAUUUUGGAAACAGUUUGUGUAGAUAUGGUGAAGCAGGAACAAACAGAAACAGAGCUGUGUCCGAAUCAAAGCCAAAUCUUCAUAGAAUAUCUUUAUAAUUCACAUCUCUCCCAGUGAAUCCAAAGACGGAUCUUGAACAAACAUGCGUGGGGUUUGGCUUUAUCUCAAGAAGUCUCUUAGCUGCUGCAAGGCACAGAAGUCAACUGUAGCUUGUGAUCCAGACAAGAUCCAAAUUCAGAAGAAGGAGAAUCCAUCUGGAUGCUCAAGAAGAUCAAUGUCGAAUCUGAGAGAUGUCUUUGUAACUAAUGGAGAUGAAGGAGCUAUGCAGAAUGUAAGCUGCUGCAGCUCACGGUCUCUUGAGAGCUCCAGGUUUGUAAACACAGUGAAAUUUGAGGAGAAUGCAGGUUAUUCAGACAGAUUCAAAGGUUUGCUUAGCGGAGCAUCUUCUUCUGAUUUACUUCCCGGUCGUUGUUCAGAGAGAUUUGAUGUUGUUGGCUCUGACAUCUGCGGUUUCGGAGUUCUUGCUUGUCAAAAAUGUCAUGAGAGAGUCAGAGAUCUUGACGCGUUUGAAGCACAUUACCUCUCUAACCACUCUGUCGUUAGACUCUUAGCAGGAGAUUUCUCAAGAACAACUGUGGAACUAAUCUGCAACACAGGCUAUUCUCACAAGCUAGGCAAAAUGAAAGGGAACAACAUUUCAGCGAUCUUUAAAAUCCAGAACUUGCAGAGAGUUGUUGCAGACUUUGAAGAUUACAGAGAGCUCGUGAAAAUAAGAGCAAACAAGCUUUCAAAGAAGCACUCUCGUUGUAUGGCUGAUGGCAACGAGUUUCUUGGGUUCCACGGUACAACUCUUUCUUGCACUCUCGGUUUCAGUAACAGCUCUUCAAACCUCUGUUUCUCGGAUCACUGUGAAGUUUGUCAUAUUCUAAGACAUGGUUUCAGUCCUAAAACAAGACCAGAUGGGAUAAAAGGAGUUCUCACAGCAUCAACUAGCUCUACAGCUCUUGAAUCUAUCGAAACCGAUCAAGGAAGAAAUAGAGGUUCAUUGAUAGCUGUUGUGCUAUGUAGAGUGAUUGCAGGGAGGGUUCAUAAACCUAUGCAGACGUUUGAAAAUUCUUUAGGGUUUUCUGAGUUUGAUUCACUAGCUUUGAAAGUUGGACAAAAUUCAAGAAUUGAAGAGCUUUACCUGUUGAGUACAAAAGCUUUGUUACCUUGCUUUGUGAUAAUCUUCAAGCCAUGA